UUUCUUGCGGCAUUUUGUAGAAUAAUAAACGUGUCUGCUUAUCAGGCUCAUUGAUUUUUAUUUUCCUUGUAGUCCAUUAAGAAUUCUUUAUUUUCUCCCUUUCGAAACAAAACUAUUAUGCGCAGUCUCUCCACGCUGAGCAAAAGAGGGGCAAUCAUUUUUCGAGGCGAUUUCCAAGACAGUAGAAGAGAGUGACAGAAACCCGGGGACUCCAGCUGCAUUGCAGCUCUUGUUAUUAAUUGGUUUAAGAUGUCACAGACAUUAUUAUGGAGACAAGUUACCAGCUGUAACUUGCAAUUACAACAAUUACAACUUACAAAUCUCAGUUUUUUGGAGCUUAUUUUCUGAAGGAAGAAUUUUCGAGAAGCUUCUGUGAGGAGAAAGGCCCUGAGAGAAGACGUGGGUUGGACGUAGCCCCAGUCCACUGUGUGCGUGUGGGAGCAGUUUGGAGCACCUUCCGUGCUUGAUUGAAUUGACUAGAAUGGACAGUCUUCAGCUAUGAAUUCAGGGAGUAGAAAGGAGUAAACAUGGGUGAUGUUAAGUUUCCUGUCCCUUGCAAGCAAGUAACUACAGAUAUCAAGGGAAUAAAAACUGAUUUAGUUCUUUGCAGUUACGAUGAUCAUAUAUUGGUGAUGGCAACCCAAAUAGGAGCAGCUGGGACAAUGCUUCAUGCCAGGAAGGAAGAGGGUUUUGCAUCAAAUGCAACUUUCAAUGUGUCUGUGCUUUUUGGAAAGCGUGAUGAGCCAAUGCUGGUAGCAUGUGCGAGGCAACUUAUUGAACACAUGAGUGGCACGGGGUCUUCAAGGCCUUUGUUGAUUUCUCUAGGUCUCAAGGAUCAUUCAGUGGAAACCUUAAAAGGGAUAAUUGAAGUGAUUAAAGUAAACAAAGUUUGGUGAAUUGCCACACAACUAGUUUCUUGAGACAAUUUACCAUCGGCACUAUUUGCAACUGACAUUUGUAAUGGGGUUCUUCUUGUUCCAUCAUCCAUUGUGCUAUAUACAUAUUUAUUAGGCCAGAACCAGUCCUGGAACUGAUCUUACUUUAAUGUCAACUGCUUUUGAAAUCACAUUGGUAAGGAUAUUUCUUGUGCAGUUUUUAUCUUUACUCUGCAAUGACUGUCAUCAUUUGCUUUGAACGCUUUGCUGGAAAUUCGACAGAGGUCUGAGCUGUUGGGGUUGUAUGUAAGAUAAACUCAGAUUAACCACUCAAAAGUCAUCCUUGUAUGGACUAGUUUGUAGAAUCUUUAUUCUGAAGAGGUGAGCAACUUCAAUAUUUCUUAUUUAUUAUCAUUAAGUUGAUGAUCACUCUGAGAUUUGAUUUGUUCUCAGAAUCAUUCCUUGGACAAGGACUUACAUAAUGAAAAAUAAUCAAUGUGAAUUUCUUAAAGAAUUUUAUUUUA